CAACUUUUUGAUAUCUGUCUUUAUCAGACUGACGGAUGGAAGUUUCGUUCGUUCGUUGUAUCGAUUUUUUGAGUGAAGUGAACUAGUGUUCGUGUCCUUUAGUAUAGUGACGUUUGUUAGAAAAAUAUCUGUGAAUGGGAUUGUGUAAUAAGAUAAAACGUUUAUUUGGUGUGUGAUUUUCUAUUAAGGAUGACGAAGGACAGGUUAGCGGCGCUCCAAGCGGCGCAAAGUGACGAUGAUGACGUCGGCCCCGAUGACGUUAAUGUCCCCGUCGAAGGAGGUUUCAUGGAUGAAUUCUUCAGUGAGGUGGAAGAGAUACGAGAAAUGAUAGACAAGAUACAGGCGAACGUCGAAGAGGUGAAGAAGAAGCAUAGUGCCAUUUUAUCAGCGCCGCAAUCAGAUGAAAAGACAAAGCACGAACUUGAAGAUCUCAUGGCCGAUAUUAAGAAGACUGCCAAUAAAGUUAGAGGGAAAUUAAAACAUAUAGAACAAAACAUCGAACAAGAGGAGCAUUCCAACAAAUCGUCCGCCGAUCUCAGGAUAAGAAAGACCCAGCACUCGACACUGUCUCGCAAGUUCGUGGAGGUGAUGACGGAGUACAACCGUACCCAGACCGACUACAGGGACAGGUGCAAAAACAGAAUACUCAGACAGCUGGAGAUCACGGGACGGGCCACGACCGACGACGAGCUGGAGGCUAUGCUGGAGCAGGACAAUCCAGCGGUAUUCACCCAAGGGAUUAUAAUGGAGACUCAGCAAGCCAAGCAGACCCUGGCCGAUAUAGAAGCCCGACACGCUGAUAUCAUCAAGCUGGAGACCUCCAUCCGCGAGCUUCACGACAUGUUCAUGGACAUGGCAAUGCUCGUUGAGAGUCAGGGUGAGAUGAUCGACCGCAUUGAGUAUCAUGUAGAGCACGCUGUGGACUAUGUCCAAACUGCCACCCAAGAUACAAAGAAGGCCCUUAAAUAUCAGAGCAAAGCCCGACGGGACCGAGAAGCAAGAAACAUUGCCCAUAUUGGUGCCUGCAUCCUCAUACGACAGAUUUCACCACGGAGUUUCUCAUACAUUUAUAAUUUGUUAGAUUUUAUCUCUAAGACAUUAUAUCGUCCUUACGGACAAUGUUUAGACGUUGUACAUGUUUAUCAAUCGAUUGUCAAAUCAAUGCAAUUCUAUUGAAUCGAUACUCGAAAUAUUUAUAUGUAGCUAUCGGAUCUUUUGUUGUAUUUAUUUUUAAGCGUCCAUCUUUAUAUUUUGUAGUUGUUUAGCUUUGUCUACGAAUAAAAAAAAAACAACAGAAACGUAUAAAAUAUUUUGUUUAAUACCUAACAUUACGAAUGUACGUAGUUGUUGCAUACAGAUGUAUUUAUUCGGGGCUCGUGUUUCUGCCUUUUUACAUAAUCACAAAUAAAUGCCUGUGGAAUUAGGUAAUAAUACUUCUAUAUAUUUAAGUAAGGCUACGCUGUUGGAUAGCUUCGGUUCGGGUAAAGUUCAGCCUGGUAUGACGGCUCAUACCUGUGAUACAAAUUAUUCACUAAUUAAUAAUUAAUAACAUAAAAAUAGUUAAACAAUCAGCAUUUUGAGUUUUCGUUGUGGCAUGGACGCCUCGUGAGACGUUUCGGUUAAGACUAGUGGUGGCAUUCAGCACGCGUAUAAAUAUAGUGAGGCCAGCGGUGACAAACAAACAGACGCCAUGUUGAACACGGUUACCGAAUAACAGAUUAUUAAAAAAUAUUAUUUACGUCAUUAGGAUUUAUGUAUUUCUAUUUUUAUUUAUUUAUCCAUAAAAAAAUUAUAGCCUGUGUUAAUAAUGUUUAUUUGUGGACUAAUAUAUUUUAAUCGUGGCAGCCGUGUCUGUGUCGUUCGUCCCGCGCUACAUAUCGCGUCGCCUAGCAAUAAUGACGUUCGAGUGCAAUUUGUAAAAUUGUUUUAAAGUUUCGAAUGUGUGAUAGUAGAUGCAGUUGUUGUUCGGUUAAUUUUAACAUAAUUAAUAAUAAUAAUAUUAAUUAAAAUUAAUUGUUAAUUGUGAGUGUAACGUUUAUUAAAUAGUAAGUUUAACUGUGAAAAAUGGACGUACAUACUGGACGCUUAAGAGAAUGUUAGUUAAAUGGACGGUUUACUUUAUGUUCUGUUUGUUAAAACAUUAAGGCUCCCUUCGUUGUACAGUAAAAAAUAAUGUAGCUGUUUUUUAGCUAGGGUAAAUUUUUUAAUGAAUUUAAAUCACCUACAGAGUUCAGAGUUCAGCAUGUGGGUAGAGACGGGCGUGUUGAUCGGUGCGGCGUACACGUAGUAUGCUCGGAUACUUAAGCACCAAAUGUUUAAACUUCUUAGCAUUUUCCUGAUAUAAAUAAUAAUAAUUAUAUCAUAUUAAUUUACGAGAAUAUCAUAAUUAGUGAGAGUUCUGAUACAUCUUGUAAAACUAAAAGUUUAAAAGGGCGAGGGGAGUUACAACGGCACUAAGGAUUAUGGAAGUGUCCCGUCUAUGCCUCGAGAUCCCUUCUAGUAUGCUGACGCAUAUAUAAGGAAAUGAAGCAAUGUUAAUUUUAACAUUACAUAAUUAGAUUUUUAUCCUUAAGAGUAGGAUUUCAUCUAGUUGCCUUUGUAUUAGUAGAGAGAACUAGGUGAUACCAUUUUCUCUGUAGCUUUAUUAUAUAUAUUGAGAAGACGGUCUUAUAUAUUUAUCCGCCAGUCAAUUGUGUCGCUUGUCCGACGCCUGGCGUCUCAACGGACUCGAGUGCAAGCUUCACGCAAAUGUUUCCUCUAUUGUGUACGUGUCUUUAUAUCAUCGCAUUCAAAAUUAGAUGCAUUAAAAUCAUAUAGAAUUAAGAAUACGGCCUCACUAAGAGGCUGUGUAACUGACACCAAUCUAACUUAAAAGUAGUUGAUCGAGUACUCGCGCACAAGUUACUCGGACCCGACUUCGCCUAGAGCGGUUCAAUUCAUCUAAACGAGUUAUAUAUUUGUAAAUUGUAUUAUACAUAACACUAUUUCUAGUCGGCUUUCCUUGAUCUCUUAUUCUGAUAGUCUUCGUCGUGUAACAGUUAUAUUGCUCUGUUAUUAGCUUAUCCUGUGAGAUUGGCGUGUCCAUAAGGGCACGCCGGCGUUUAAAGUUCAAGUAUUUAUACUAGUGUCCAUAGCCUUCGACAGCUGUGCUGUUGGCUACCAUAAAGAACAUCCAUUGAGACUAGCGCUCAAAGCUCCGCGUUCUCAACAGACUAAAAACAUUAUAUUAAUUAAUAGAUAUUUUCAUAAUCAACAAAUAGUAUGCAUAUUAUUGUUAUUGGAUUGCUAAUUAUGUAAAAAUAAGUACACAAUUAGUAUAGUUUAUAUACUUAUGUGUCAAUUCUUAUAGCGUUUUAUUACCUAAACAGAAAUAUAGAUGAUAAGUGUUAAAGUAUGAAAAGCGUCAUUUAAGAAGCUUCCUCGACAGAUUAUGGAACUUGGUCAAUAGGCAUUAUAUGUAUUGUGGUAUAAACUCGCGACGUAAUCACAUGCUGUAAUGUACAAGUUUACUAUAACAUUAUAAGUAUUUAAAUAUAUUUAACUUAUUCAAAUUGGUAGCCCUGUUGAUGAAUUAAAAAAAAUGUAUCUACAUUGUUCUUGCUUUGUAAUAUUAUGGGACAACGAACGCAUUACGUAUAAAAGAAUUAAAUUUAACAAUGGAAUAUAUCCGAUCGAGUCUCAAAACUGGCGAUUUUAAAUACGAGUAUUAAUCUUCUAGUUUUGGGUGUAAUAGCUUUCGAACGUUUGGUCUAACUUAACUCGUCCUUAAAGCGCCCUUUUCAUAGUGAUUUAGAUUAAUUCAAGUGUUACAAUAAAUUUCCACAACCAAUUAAGGCCUUUGCCAAAAGUCUGAAUCAAUUUCCAAAGCACUAGAUGUCGAUAAACGUGUUUAAAUAUAAAUACAGUUACCGAUUUGUAGAAAAAUAAAAAACCUCUUGUAAUAGUAGAGUCGCUAGACAUCAAUUAGUAGUUAAAAUAUAUUACCAGAUAAUAAUAUUCGUGCUUUUGUUAUAAUUUAAAUCUAUCGAUGUUGCUUGGCGUUGAGUUGUGUCGAUUAUAUAAAAGAUUUAUUAUGAGAUGAUGUUGUUUUAUAGUUACACGUAUGUUUAUUUAAUCGGAAUUGUUAUAAUAGUGUUACGUUGUUCUGUUCGUAUUAUUAUUGUGUAAAGAUAUUUAUAUAUUGAAAGUAUCUCUCUAUGAAAAACUUCUUGUAAUCUUGUAAAGGAAUAUUUAUUAUGGAUAAAAAGUAUUGUAUUUUGACUUAAUCAAUGAAGUUGUGGACACGUUGUAAAAUUCAAGUUAGAUUGGUUUUAUAGUCAUUCAGUAUGUAGGUUAUCAAUCUGAAAUUUUCUCAUAAUUAUAAAAUAAACGGUGUUUUCUGCUGUGA